AUGGCAUGGAAAUCAAGAGAUAACAGCAUGCAGCAGCAGCAGCAGCGGCAGCGGCAGCCGGGCGAGUUCACCGGCAUAGUUAAUGCGCCGACAGAGUCCGAUUGGGCAACAAUCGACUGGGUGAGUUCACAGCACGAGGCAAACGAGCGACGCACGGCAAUGUACCACAGAUCCCAUGGAAGUUCCAUUACAGCUCAUACACGAAACGCACUCACACAAAAUGAGGGUUUUCUUGCCGCCUUUGUUACAGGCCUUGUCUUGGGUAUACUCGGCGUUUUUUGUGAUGCCUGCUCGCAUUGGGUGUCGGCAUUCCGGUUGGGCAUCUGCGCCAAUUUCUUCUGGCUUGGGCGUAACCUCUGCUGUGUGGAGCAGGAAGAAUGCACCGGAUACUACACAUGGGGUGAGUUUUUUCUUGGCCGUGGGGAUCGCGUGGCGCCGUUUGCCGAUUUUUGUUUUUACGUUCUCAUCUCCACAUUUGCUGCGAUGAUAGCAUCUUUUUUUUGUAAGGUGUAUGCACCGUAUGCAGCUGGUGGCGGCAUCAAUGAGGUGAAGACAAU